UGCCGCUUCCUGGCCAGAAUUGAGCUCCCUGCUGGCUUGAGGAUGUGGUUUUCCUCCCUGCCCCACUCCCCGUCCUGCUCUCUCCUCCCUGUCUCCACAGAGGCUGAAAUGGUCUGGGGUUGGCAGUUUGGACCCUGUCCCUUCCCAAUGCGGCCUGAGAGAGCAAAAGGGCAGAGGCUGUGGUGACUGAACAAGGCAGCUCUGCUGGCCUCUCACUGAGCCUUUUGCCCUUUCUGCAGCCACUGCUCUUAUCCCUUUGCCACUUUUAUCACACACUGCUCAGGGAGGAGCUACAGUCUGGUCCCUGGCCACCACGUGGCCUCCUGACCUUCUCAGAGCCAGAGCCAGGAGAACAGAGCCAUCUCUUGCAGAGGACUGGAUGGGCUCUGAUCCGCUUCCUUUAACCCCAUCCGGAAUAGCACCGAAUCGGCUGCUCAGUCAUUUCGCUUGCCCACAGGCUUUAAGGCCCAGCUGUGCCCAGCUCUCUGCUGGCUCCUUAGGGGGCCUCACUUCCUGGCCACACUGAGCUUCGGACCAAGGGAAAUGACAUGAAGCAGGGGCAAUCCAUCCGGUUCCGGGAGGUGCCACUGCGCUGAACAUUGGAGGAUAAAUGAAAUUCCCGUGGGAGGAGCAGGGAGAGGAGAACAGGCAGGAUGGAGGGAACAGUAGAAGGAAUGGCCUUUGGGCUCUGGGUCCUGGCUUCAGCCGCAGCGUGUGUGACCUCCGUGUGUUUAAUGUGUAGUAGACACUGGCUUUGCCUCACGGAGGCCCUUUAAAGGCAGCUCUGGAUCAUGCAUAUACUGGAGCUCUCUCCAGUAUAGUAGGUGCGCAGGAAAUACUUGCUGAACUGAAUUUGAAUUUAAAAAAAAAAAUAGCGCCCAAAGCAUAUUAUUACUCUAUUAUUGCCACCACUUGGGAAAGAUCUAGCUCAGUGAAGGGAUUUAACCCACAUUAGCUCUGAUCCUUCCAGCCCUUGGAGGUCCCAGCCCCAGGACAGCCAUGAGCCUAGUGGCCUGUGAGUGCCCCCCCGGCCCUGGCCCGGAGCCCGAGCCCUGCUCACGAGCACGGUCCCAGGCCCGGCUGUACCUGGAGCAGAUUCGCAGCCGGGUGGCUCCGGGGGCGCCUGACGUGACAAAGCCAGACUACCUGGUGGACGCGGCCACACAGAUCAGGCUGGCCCUGGAGCGCGAUGUCAGUGAGGACUACGAGGCGGCCUUCAACCACUACCAGAAUGGCGUGGACGUCCUGCUCCGAGGCGUGCACGUUGACCCCAACAAGGAGAGACGCGAGGCUGUAAAGCUGAAAAUUACCAAGUACCUGCGGCGGGCAGAGGAGAUCUUUAAUUGCCACCUGCAGAGGACGCUGGGCAGCGGAGCCAGCUCUGGCACGGGUUUCAGCAGCCUGAGGCUCCGGCCCAUCCGCACACUGAGCUCUGCCCUGGAGCAGCUGAGGGGCUGCAGGGUGGUUGCAGUCAUUGAGAAGGUGCAGCUGGUCCAGGAUCCAGCGACUGGAGGAACCUUUGUGGUGAAGAGCCUGUCCAGGUGCCAUGUGGCGAGCCGGGAGCGGCUGACCAUCAUCCCGCAUGGCGUGCCCUACAUGACCAAGCUGCUGCGCUAUUUUGUGAGCGAGGACUCCAUCUUCCUGCAGCUGGAGCACGUGCAAGGAGGCACUCUCUGGUCCCACCUGCUCUCCCAGCCGCACACCCACCAGCCUGGGACUGGGUCUGGCUCCAGCCUGGAGAAGAAGAAGGCUCAGCUCAACGCUCGCCUCAACCCAGGGACCCCAGUGCUCUUCCCCCCAGGCCACACCCACCUGCAGGAUGGAAUCCCCCUGGAGCCUCCACGGACUUCUCAGAGCCUCACCCCAGCCAGGGAGCCCGCAUCCAUCAGACCCCAGAGAGAGGCUGAAGGUCGCCCCUCAGCUAGGAGCAGCACCUCCUGCUCCUUGGACCUUCCAAAGGCCCUCCGUGGCCGCCUGCACCCCCAAGCCAGGCAGGGACCUGGCCAGGGCUCGGACUCUUGGGCGCUCCCUUGGGUUCGUGCAGGGGCUGGCCGGGUGCUGGGGGGCUGCGGCCAAGGCAGAGGUCAGAGCCGCCCCUCAGCCGAUGGGGCCAGCCCGGUGUCCGGCAGGGGUGCCUGGAGUGUGCAGGAGGAGCAGGUGCGGCAGUGGGCGGCUGAGAUGCUGGUGGCCCUGGAGGCACUGCACGAGCAGGGGGUGCUAUGCCGGGACCUCAAUCCCCAGAACCUGCUCCUGGACCAGGCAGGUCACGUCCGGCUCACGUAUUUUGGCCAGUGGUCAGAAGUGGAGCCCCAGUGCUGCCGGGAGGCUUUGGACAACCUCUACGGUGCCCCAGAGGUGGGUGGGAUUUCUGAGCUGACGGAAGCCUGUGACUGGUGGAGCUUUGGGUCUCUCCUGUAUGAACUGCUGACUGGAACGGCGCUGUCCCAGAGCCACCCCUCAGGAAUCCAGCCCCACACUCGGCUCCAGCUGCCUGAGUGGCUCAGUCGCCCCGCUGCCUCCCUGCUAACUGAGCUGCUGCAGUUUGAGCCCACCCUGCGCCUAGGCACGGGAACAGGCGGUGUUGACAAACUCAAGUCCCACCCCUUCUUCAGUUCUAUCCAGUGGAGCAAACUGGUGGGGUAGGAGGGGGUGGAGCUGGUGAUGGAAGCAGCUGGACUGGUCUGGGUCGCUUCUCUCUGCCUGCCACCCAGAGCUGGCCCUUCUCAUCAGUGGCCCUCAGGCAAAGCAUGCAAGGCUGCUUGCCUUUCCUGCUCAGGCCCCUCCCUCCGGCCUCUGAAGUCUCAUCACCACUGCCUAGGAAGGGCCUAGGGAGCCCCCUGGCCACCUCUUGGAGAAACCCUUUCUAGUCGGUGCUGAGGGUGGAAGGAAGGAGAUCUCAGCAUUCUGGGCAGCGUGAAGCCCUCCACCCAUCAAUCAACAUCAGCAUCCAAGCGCACACCCUGUACCCUGAACGCAGACCUCCCUUGUUAAAAGGUGCCUUCCUUCGCAUCAGCGCUGAGCUACUGACCACCUGCUGAGCUGUGACAUUCUGUGACUAUCUAUCUGCCAUGUGCCCCGCCGUGGGGAUGUCUUUGGAGACUCAUCUCAGGAUCCCGGUCCACUGGCUCAGUGGACCCAAACCAGGGCUGCCAUGGCUGGUCAUCUUAAUCAUGCACCUCGUGAGCCUCUUCCACCAGGGGGCUGGGAGGGCAGGGGAGCGGGCAAGAGUCUGUAGUGGGCAUGGGGUGGGGCGGGGACAGGACAACCCACUCCCAGCCCCCAUCGUGCCCCUUAUCUGGUGACUGCAGACUUUGGAGAGCGAAAGGCAAGGAGGGGAGGAAAAUAAGGAUAAGGAGGAAUGGGGGCGGGGGACGCGCAGCUCUGCCACUUAGAAAUUUUGGAAACAGAAUAAAGAGCUCCCUUUCCCAGCCAGCCUACCAAUGUGGAGAGAAAGGCUAUGCUGCCCAUGGCUCUGAGGGGAGACCACGGUUCAGCCUCCAGCCGGAAGCCGCUGAAGACACAUUGUACCCAUUAGGAGUUCCUUCUUGGACAUUCAUCCAGUUGACCAUUUUGCGUUUUAGUUUUGAGACCCACUUAAUUCCCUGGCCACUGUGACUUCAUCUCCUUUUGAAAUGAAACCACAAAAUACACGGAACAACUGCUCAAGCUUUUAGCCAGAAGCCAGAUGUUUCUGGUCUCUAAAGAACUGGGGUUAGUAGUUACCCCCAAAGACAAUCUCUCCCCAGAUCUGGGGGCCCUCUUCUUCCUCUCAGGACUCACGCUGUCACUGGGGUGUGGCACUAAGACAGAAAACUCCACAGACCUCUGCCCCGACUCCCUCCCUCCCUCAGUGUGUCUCCAGCACCAGGUGGCAUCUCUGACCCUGUCCUUCCGUCUGGCUGGGGAGGCCCAGCUCUAACUCUGGGGCCCGAGGCCUGUGUUGUCCAGAGGCCACAGCGCUCCUCAGCUCCUCAGGAUGAGUCUGGGGCCAAGAGGACACGGGGAGGCCCUGCCUUUGUACGGUCCUGGCUUGCCCUGGGGCUCACCCGUAUCACUCCAGCCCCAUUCCAAUAAAGCCUGCUGUUGCCUCUGG